AUGGAAAGGAAGUCCAGAUUUCCGGGAAUAGAAAUAAGAAACAUACCUAAAAUAUCAUCAACAGAGCUUGACCUUACAGUCCCACUACUUGGUGGUAAAGUUCACGGAUCCUUGGCUCGUGCUGGUAAGGUGAAAGGUCAGACACCCAAGGUUGAGAAACAGCAAAAUAAAAAGAAGAAGACUGGUCGUGCCAAGCGUAGGAUCCAAUACAACAGACGAUUUGUCAAUGUUGUGCAGACAUUCGGACGCCGUCGUGGACCCAACUCUAACUCUUAG